AGUGCUCAUAGAUACUUUCACAGUUUUUGGUGCCGAAACCUGGGAGGAAGCAAAGCAGAAAGUGCAGAGGUUGGAAAGUUGAAAUAUUGCCGAAAGGUCUUGGUUAUUAAAAGUCAGCAGGUGAAGGAAGAACCCAAAGGUUGGAUCAGUUUUUCUCCAUGGAGUCUCAUCCACAAGACAAGGAAGGUGGAAAGUAAAGGCUGUGCAGCUAAUUCCCAAGAAGGGAUUUCCACACUAACGAAAUAGGGUAAUUUCAAGAAGAAAUAUCGAACCAUGAAAAUCCUGAUAUUAAUCGUGAUCCUGACAAGUUUUUACUCCUCAAUAGAAGGAAAGAUGGACUUCAAAUCACUGCAAAUGUACGCAGCAACUUUGAAUGCUAAACAAUGCUGGAUAUGUGCUGAGAUACCACAAGAUGCAAGCAGUAGUAAUUCCAUAUGAACUAUUCCAUCUACCCUUCUGGAAAUGUUGCAUCUCACAAACCAAGACUGUGUUCCAAGGAAUGACUCUAUCCCAAAGACUUGCCCUUUCUUGAGGCUUGUCCAUACAACUGUGACUGCUAAUGUUAGUUUAUGAGGAAAAGGAGCAAGUAAUCACCCAUUUAUUGGGAAAAGUUCUUGUAGUAUUAUUUAUGCUACCUGAAAUGCCAGUGAAUAAUGUUUUGAGCAUUUUAGUAAUGAAACUUGCUGGACAUUUAAAAUGCUAGAACUAAACAUUGGGCUACAACAUGGAUGGUUCCAAUUUGAGCAGGCAUAUAGUACAUAUGGGGUAAUAAAGCCUACAAAUGGCUUCCUGAGAACUGGACUGGAUUGUGCUAUUUGGGACAUGUAAUUCCAUCCAUUAGACAUACUACAUUACCUGAUUUUAAUAUUAGAAAUGUUAGAUUAAAAAGACAUAUUAACAUAGAAGAAGAUGGAUGUAGGAGAUGAUGUCCUUGCAGGAGCAGCAAUUUUUCCAUUCUGUGGAACAGGGAAAGCUAUUUGGGAAAUUAGAAUACUGGCAGGAUUAUUGGAGGAAUUAAGUAAUGCUACAUUUGAAGCAAUAGAAGAAGUUACUUUAGAAAUGACUGCCAUGAGAACUAUGGUCUUACAAAACCACAUGGCAUUAGAUUUUGUUCUUGCUAGUAAAGGAGGCACUUGUGCAUUAAUAGGAGAGGAACGUUGUACUUAUAUUCCUGAUAAUCAACCUGAAAUCAGGAGUCACCUCAAGCUAACUGAGGAAGUUGCUCAAAAAGCACAAAUAGAAAAAGAAACAUGGUUCUCUCGGCUGAGUGGUUCUAUCAGUAGCUGGGGAGGAAAAUUAAUGCAGCUUAUACUGGUCAUAGCUGGCAUUUUAGGAUGUACAAGCCUAGUAAUUUUUGUUAAGUGUGGAACUGAAUGUGUAAGACGGCAAACAGUACAGGUUUUGGCAGUGGACCAAAUGCAUCAGGUCCAAGACGUUGUACGACUUAUGAAGUACUCUGUACCAAUGAAGCUUGAUAAUAUUCACUGAACAAACAUGAACUACUAUAGCAUUGGGAUCUCAAGCAAUGUUGAGACACCAGCUUACAGAAAUCUUCCCUGAGCAGCAUCUGUGAAUAAUCUUUUAUGUGAAUUCCAGUGACAUAAAAUAAUGCAAAGCUGCAUGGAAAUACAAUGCCUGGCUAAAAGAGGAUUAGCUUAGAUAAGAUAGUGCUUAUGAAUAAUUCCUGUCUUUAUCAAGGCAUAAUUAUUAAUAUAAGCAAAUAUUUCUGUUGAAAAUAAUUCCUCUAAUAAUCAAAUGUCAGACAACAGAUGCAAACCAGUUAUAAGACUCCGCAGGGGUUUUUUAGAAUUGUUAGCUCAGCUACUUGUUAGGAAAAAAAUAGACUGGAAAGGUCACAGCAACCUGGAACAAGUGUCACUGAUGUAACAGCAGGGAAUGGCUCUUCUAUUACAAGUUGUAUAAAAUAUGUAUUAAUCAGUACUUUUCUAUUUCUAUCAAAACACUACUAAACUAUGUGUGUAAAGAAUGCAAAUAAUGUAAAAUACAUGAUUUGUAAAAUGUACAUAUAUGCCAUAAACAAAGAAUCAAAAAUGUAUAUUAUUCUAUUUCAUACCUUUUCUGUAGAAUAAAUGACAGGAGCAGAUGUGCCUUGCACAUACAUUCUGCAGAUUUUUAUAUAAAGUUUUUAUUAAGCUUUUGUAUUACUUUGUAAGUUGCAAAUUUUCAUUAAUUCUGAAUUAUUCAACAGUCGCAAUACUGUAAACUGCAGCUGUAACAAUAAUAGUCUUUCUCAUUAGAAAUGUUAUGACAAUUAAGCGAUAAGAACAUAUGAUGACAAAGCAUGCUGAAGCAAGAAAUGUUCAACUCUGUACUUGUUACAAAAAAGGAAAACCUGUUGUAUAGCAAUUCUACAAAAAAUAGUCUGCUGUAACAGCAUUUUUGAAAAUGGUUACAUAACUAAACUAGGACACAAUGUAUGUCUAAAGAGGCAGGACGGCAUCUGUCAGUAAUGCAUAAAAGGUACUAUACUCACUAGUAAACUUUGUCACUCAGCUACACGAUGAAAUAAACUGUAUUGACCCAACUGGA